AUGAGUCAGGAAUCGUUUAUAUACAGCUUCGUGGCUCGGGGGACCAUGGUGUUAGCAGAGUACACCGAGUUCACCGGGAACUUCCCUGCAAUUGCUGCUCAAUGUCUCCACAAACUACCCUCUUCCAAUAACAAGUUCACCUACAAUUGUGACCACCACACCUUCAAUUUUCUAGUCGAAGAUGGUUACGGUGUUGCUUCUCUCCUCCGAUCUCUUGAAUCUGUUAGCAAACAAAUCUCUAUUGCUUUUCUAGAACGUGUCAAAGCGGACUUCAGGAAAAGAUAUGGAGGUGGAAAGGCAGAUACCGCCAUUGCCAAAAGUCUCAACAAGGAGUUUGGACCAGUUAUGAAAGAGCACAUGAAGUACAUCAUAGACCAUGCCGAAGAGAUUGAAAAGCUAAUAAAAGUGAAAGCUCAAGUUUCAGAAGUUAAAAGUAUCAUGUUAGAGAACAUUGAUAAGGCCAUUGAUAGAGGAGAAAAUCUAACUAUUCUUGCGGACAAGUCCGAGACAUUGCACUCACAAGCCCAGGAAUUCAGAAAGAAGGGAACACAAGUCCGUCGAAAGAUGUGGUAUCAGAAUAUGAAAAUUAAAUUGAUUGUACUUGGAAUUCUGUUACUUUUGGUCUUGGUUAUCUGGCUUUCUGUCUGUCAUGGAUUCAACUGUGCAAAUUAG